AAAUGAAAUUCGCUAUACCUGAAAUAUCAUGGCACAAUAGAGACCCCGUUUUAAGCGUAGACUUCCAGCCAAAAUGUGAACCUAAUGACCCUUUGCGACUUGCCACUGGAGGCACCGAUUCUCAUGUUCUAGUAUGGUAUAUAUCAACUACAGAAAAAGGAUCAGUAAAUCUCGAAGUAGCUGCAGAUCUAACACGACAUCAAAAAGCUGUAAAUGUCGUGAGGUGGUCCCCUAAUGGACUAUACUUGGCCUCGGGUGAUGACGAAUCAAUUAUAUUUAUUUGGAAACAGAAAACGGGAGAUCCGGCGCCACCUCUAGAAGGAGAAGAACAAUAUAAAGAGACAUGGGUAAUACACAAGACACUUCGUGGGCAUAUGGAAGAUAUUCUCGACAUGAGUUGGUGUAGCACCUCCUUGCAACUGGCAUCAGGGUCAGUGGACAACAAACUGCUCAUAUGGGAUAUUGGUAGAGGCCGAUAUAGCUCCAUCGUGACGGACCACAAAGGCUUUGUGCAAGGUGUCUCUUGGGACCCAAAGGGACAGCUAAUAGCCACUGCAAGCACUGAUAGAGUAUUCCGCACUAUUGACGUAUCUACAAAGAAGGUAAUCUCAAGGAGUAGCAAGGCAGUACUGCCCUUUCCUAAAGAUCAUGCUCUACAUGACAUCAAAGUACGUCUCUAUCAUGAUGACACCUUACAAACAUACUUUAGAAGACUACAAUUUAGCCCUGACGGACUUUUAAUCGCAGUUCCCGCCGGCCGGAUAGAGCCUGAGCAGGGUAAACCCGUAAUGAAGCCUAUGAAUGCUGUUUAUAUUUAUACAAGAUACUCAUUAAAAAUGCCCGUAUGUGUGUUGCCAUGCUCGGAACCAGCGCUAGCAGUGCGUUGGUCACCAGUCCGGCUGGCAGCGCGGCCAAGGCUCAGCAGUGCAUUCCCCGGAGCUCGCCGGAUCCUGGCUGUCGCUACUCGCCGGUCACUGGUGCUGUAUGAUACACAACAACGCACACCUGUCGCCCUCGUCUCUAACGUACACUACACCAGGCUCACUGAUCUGACAUGGUCUCCGUGUGGUCGCAUUUUAGUCGCUUCAAGCACAGAUGGGUUCUGUUCUGUUGUGACUUUCGGAGAAGGAGAGUUAGGAGAGGUUCUCCCUGAAGAAACAGAGCCUGCAGCAGAACCAAUGGAAGUUGAUGAGCAGCAACAAACGGACAAAGAUACUCCAGAAGAAAUAAAACCUAUAGAUAUAAAACAGACAACAAUUCACAACACACAAAAAAUAGACUCCUUUAUCAAGUUCAAAACACCCAACGAGAAGUCACCUAAGGAUAAGGAAGCCAAAACUGAUAACAAUCAGCAAAAAACGCCAGUCAAAAUAGAUGUGUUAGUUGAGACUGCAAUGCAGUCGUGGUCAGAUAACUCUAGCAACGAUAUCAUAAAACCUAAAGAAGCUGAAACAGAACUCGAUAAUAAACAAGAUGAAAUCAUGAUUAUAGAGGAUAGCGAGGAUAUAAAAUUAGUUUAUGAUGAAACGGAAAGUUCAAAAAUGGAAAACCCUGUAGAGAAUAGUAAAUCUCCAGACACAAAUAAGUCAAAAGUUAGCCCUAAUUCAAAGAAAUCUUCUGUAAAAACGAAUGUGUCCCCUAAACAAGCCGUGACACCAACAUCAAAACCAAGUAACAAUUUCUUUAAACAAGCUAAAGUGACCGAUAUGAAGCAGCCGGUGGCUAACAAAGCGAUACCGAGCCCAAAAGCUCCGAGAAGAGUAAGCUUUGUGACUCUUUCAAGCCCUAAGAAUAGCAAGAAAAAAUGUUAAAAUAUGUUAAAGAUUUCUAUGUAUAUUAUUUUAUUAAGAAUUUGAGUAUUAAAAUAUUAU